UACUCGAGAGGCAGCUCGAGAGGCGAGUGCAGUGCUGAGAGUUUGACCGCUUGAAGAUGAAACCUGAAGAUGGUCGUUGACGAGGCUGCAAUCGUACAUUAUGGCUGAUUUGAGUUAAAGUUAUGGAGCAUUGUCGAUAGAUGCCGUAUGGAGAUACACGUCGUCGAUUUCUAGAAAAACAAAACGCCAAAUGCAGAGCUGGUGCUGUUUUUGGCACACAUCAGUUCACACCUGCAGUGAAGCCACAGACUCCAACAACACAGUUCACCAGUAAAUGUUGGGAAUAUUUGAUCGUCAAACUCCCGGUGUGACAAAUUAAAAGUGUGUGAAAUACUAUGGAAAAGAUUAAAAAAGAAGAGUGAAGACAUGAGCAAGAUACAUGAAAUACUGAGAAGCAAAGAGACCAAAUGAAUGACCAAGUGCACAGUCAAGAGCUGAAUGAAGUCAAGAACCAUGAUCACAAAAAAGAAUUUAUCACGAAACGGAAGAACUACAAAGACCAAUAAGUCUUUCACUUGCCCUGAGUGUGGAAAGAGUUUCACACUAAAAGGAAGCUUUAAAAAGCACCAACUAAUUCAUAAUGGUGAGAAGCUUCACAAAUGCCCUCAGUGUGGAAAAAGCUUUACACGAAAAGGCCACCUUAACAGACACAUAAGAAUACACACUGGAGAGAAACCUCAUGCAUGUCACCAGUGUGGAAAGAGUUUUUCACAAAAAAUUCAUCUCAGUCGUCAUCUGCACAGUCAUGAAGAAAUACUCAGCUGUGAUCAGUGUGGCAAGAAGUUUAGAUCCUCAUCAUAUUUUAACAAACAUCUGACAGUUCAUGCAGUUGAGAGGCCGUACUUGUGUCCGGUGUGUGGAAAGAGUUUUUCACGGCUGGCCAAUUGCAAAAAGCACCAGAAGAUCCAUUCUUUGGUGAAAAAUCAUGUUUGUGUUGAGUGUGGAAAGACCUUCAUUACAUCUGAAUAUCUGCGAAAGCAUCAGAAAACUCACACUACAGAAAGACCGUUCACCUGCUCUCAGUGUGGUUAUAGUUUCAGAGAGAAAAUCCACCUUAACAAACACAUGAGGGUUCACACUGGAGAGAAGCCGCACAUGUGCCGUCAGUGUGGGAAGAGCUUCAUACAACUGUCAGGUCUCCGUUAUCAUACGCAUCUUCACUCUGGGGAAAAACCAUAUAGUUGUGAUAAGUGUGGGAAAAAUUUUACAUCGUCAUCCAUUCUGAAAAGCCACCUGAUUGUGCACACGGAUGAGAGGCUUCAUAAGUGCUCUGUCUGUGAAAAGAGUUUUUCACGACCAUAUGUUUUGAAACAGCACCAAAAACUACACAAUGCUGUGCGGGAUCACAUGUGUUUUGAAUGUGGGAAGAGCUUUACAGCAGCUAGUCAUCUGACGAAACACCAAAGAAUUCACACCAGAGAAAAACCGUUCAGCUGCCUGAAGUGUGGAAGGAGUUUCACUCAAAAAAGCCACUUAAACAAGCACAUACAAACACAUAAGUUGCUACCAUUGCUCAAAUAACAGUAAAUAAUCUGAAUUUCUGAUCAAGCAAAUGUUUUUAAGUUGUUCAAAGAAAGCUG